AUGGGGGGCUCUCACAGCUCUGGUUUCCCUGGAGGGGGAUCAGAAGGAUACCAGGUGCUCAGAGUGCAUGGAAACUCUCCAGGACAAAUCGCAGGAUUUGAGCCAUUCUUUGAUUUUAUCAUCUCUGUUUCUGACACCAGACUGAAUACAGACAAUGACCUGUUGAAGGAGGUACUGAUGGCCCAUGUGGAGAUGCCUGUCCAGAUGUUAGUGUACAGUAGUAAGACUCAGUGUGUUCGAGAGACCUCCGUCACCCCCAGCACAUUGUGGGGCGGCCAGGGCCUGCUCGGCCUCACCAUUCGCUUUGGCAGCUUUGAGGGGGUGAACGAGCAUGUGUGGCACAUCCUGAAAGUGUAUCCACAUUCUCCUGCAGCUGCGGCCGGACUGAGAGCUCACACAGACUACAUCAUAGGGGCAGACACAUCUGUGAAGGAGAGUGAAGAACUGUUCUCUCUGAUCCAGAGGUGUGAGGGCAAACAGCUGAAGCUGUACGUGUACAACACCGACACUGACAACAGCCGAGAGGUGCUCAUCACCCCUGACUCAGAGUGGGGCGGCAAGGGAAGCCUCGGUUGUCACAUUGGUCAUGGUUACUUGCACAGAAUACCUACACUUCUGAACAGUAUUUCCACAGAGUCUCUGCCUCAACACCAAUCUAACUUCAAAGAGGUUACCCUCUCAGGAGUCUCUGCUGUGGACCCGUCCAGCACCAGUGUUAGUGUCAGUUCUGAGCCAGAAGCUCUGAGUCGAUCGUCACUGACAGAUGUUCCUAAAGUUUCAUCAAACUACAUCUCUGUAGUAGAGCUCCCUGCUCCCCAUGUAUCUGUUCUGCAGUCUCCUGACCAGGGCCCCAGUGAGACACCUGCUGUCAGAAUUGACAUCAACCAUGAAGGCUCAGUGAAGAUCAACAUUGGAGAGUAG